GCAAGCUGACUCGAUAUCGGCUCGCUGAUACGUUGUGAAAGUUUGUUGUCAUAUCAAGCCAGCAGUACUGUUCCAUUCGUGUCAUCUUCGUGUCAUCUUCGUGGUUGCUUCGCUAGGUCAAGAUGGGACUACUGACAAUCAUCCGAAAGUCGCGGCAGAAGGAGAAGGAGAUGCGCAUUCUCUUUCUCGGUCUUGAUAAUGCAGGUAAGACGACAAUCCUGAAGAAACUCAAUGGGGAGGAUAUCAUGAGGGUCAGCCCUACGCUCGGCUUCAACAUCAAGACUUUCGUCCACAGAAAUUACACCCUGAACAUAUGGGAUGUCGGUGGUCAGCGGACCCUGCGUCCAUAUUGGCGUAACUAUUUCGAACAGACAGAUGCGAUCGUGUGGGUCGUCGACUCAAGCGACCGCAUGCGCAUGAAGGACUGCAAAGAGGAGCUGCACAGUCUUCUCCUCGAGGACAGACUCGUCGGUGCCUCACUGCUUGUCUUUGCCAACAAGCAAGACAUAGCUGGCUCGCUGACCGACUCCGAAAUUCGUGACGCACUCGAUCUCUCUAGCAUCCGAUCGCACAACUGGACGAUCUGGCCAUGCAGUGCGGUCACGGGCGAUAACCUCAUAACCGGGCUUGAUUGGGCCGUCGAUGAUGUUGCGAGGCGCAUCUACUACAGCUCGACGACUCCGGCUUUCGCACCGACAACCGCACCGUUGAAGACGGCGUCGCAAGAGGCUCGCUCAGGGACACAGGUCGCCUAGUAUUGCAAGCGUCAUCACGCCGUAUCACCAUUCUACGGAUCUUUGCUAUGUUUUUUGUAUUUCGGAGUUCAUGUAUAUCUCCGUGACCGCAUUUACUCAUAUGUUGCCGUGAACAGAAUGGAAACCAGAUGAGUCUCCAGCUCCAGUGAGCUACACUCC